CUGAAACAAACGACAAACUGCGUUCACUUUCCAAAACUCCUCUACGAUAAGGGCCGACGAUGGAUUAAACGAGGGCUGGAUGUACACCCAUUUACUUGACAUGUCAGGAUCCAAAUCAAGGACAGGAUGUCUAAAUGUGAGCUGAUUGAGCUGAAGGACCUCAGUGUAAAUGACCCCAUUGAGCUGGCUGCUCCUGCGGCCCGCACAGCCCCUCCACCUGUAAACGCAGGUCAGCCAGGCCACUUCCAUGUCGUCCGUCUGGUUGGAGACAGUGUCAGUAUCGAGCCACCCCGGUGUCAGAUCGGAGAAGCUGGAAUGGGUCAUGACUUCCAGGCCUACAGUCAGACCCAUCUCACCUGGUGUGACCUGUGUGGAGAAUUCAUCUGGGGUCUUUUUAAGCAAGGUUUACGCUGCACCAACUGCAGUUAUACUUGUCACUACCGCUGCCGACCAUUGAUCCAGCUGGACUGCAGCACAGAUGGAAGUUUCUUAACAGAACCGGACUUCUCUGUCGACUCCAUCGAGAGAGACACAAAUGUGGAUGAACAGGUCGAGUGGGGUAAACAGGAGUUGACUCUUAGUGAGAUUCAACACAAGAUUAAGGAGUAUAAUGCACAGAUCAACAGCAAUCUCUACAUGGUGGUUAAUAAAGACGGGUCCUACACUGGUUUCAUCAAGGUCCACUUUCAGUUGGUCCGUCCUAUCUCCCUUCCUCCCCCUCAGAGCCUGUGCUCCACACAGGAGGAAGAACAGCAGGGCGGACGAAUGAAACGGCGGACAUCUUUCUACCUCCCCAAAGACACUGCCAAGCACCUGCAUAUAAGUUCCCAAACACGUGUACGAGAAGUCAUUGAGGCAUUGCUCAACAAGUUCACUGUGGUGGACAACCCAGCCAAGUUUGCCCUGUUUGAACGCACUGAGAGACAAAAUCAAGUGUACAUGCGUAAACUGUCUGAUGAUCAGUGUCCCCUCUACCUGCGAUUGUGUGCUGGCCCCAGUGAAAAAGCCUUGAGUCUGGUUUUGAAAGAGAAUGAGACAGGGGAAGUAAAUUGGGAUGCAUUCAGUUUUCCUGAGUUGUGCAACUUUUUGCGAAUCCUGCAGCGCGAGGAAGAAGAGCAUGUACGGCAGAUUGUGAAGCGCCACGCUCUUGCUAGAGACAUGAUGAAGCAGGCCAUGGCGAGGAUUACUACUCCUGGUUGA